AAGUGCUAAGUUUCUACUAGCAUCGUCCGUCUUCUCUCACGCCUAAACCCUAAACCGCCGCCGCUGCCGCUGCCGCUGCCGCUGCCGCCGCCGCCGCCGCUGCCGCCGCCGCCUUUUUCUUCUUCUCCUCACGCUGUUGUUGUCCGAUAAAUCCGGAGGUUACAAUCUUUUGCUACUGAUUUUAUUAAGAGAUGGAGGUGAUGGAUGUUGAGAGAGAAGUAAGCAACAAUAAUAGUGUAAUGUGCCUUCUGACUGACCCUGAAGGAGAGCCUCUUGGUGCUCCACUUUAUCUUCCUCAAAAUGUUGGUCCACCACAACUCCAGGAAAUAGUCAACAAACUUCUAAAUAAUGUGGAAAAGAUGCCUUAUGCAUUUUACAUAUCAGACCAAGAGCUUGUUGUUCAACUCAGUUCUUACCUGCAGAAGAACAAAGUUUCUGUGGAGAAGGUACUACGAAUAGUUUACCAACCUCAAGCUUUAUUUAGAAUCCGGCCAGUCAAUCGGUGCUCUGCAACUAUAGCUGGUCAUACAGAAGCUGUGCUAUCUGUUUCAUUCAGCCCUGAUGGACUGCACUUGGCGAGUGGUUCGGGUGAUACAACUGUAAGAUUGUGGGAUCUUGGUACUCAGACCCCUAUGUUCACCUGCUCAGGUCAUAAGAAUUGGGUCCUUUGUAUUUCAUGGUCACCAGAUGGUCAACAUCUUGUGAGUGGUAGCAAGGCUGGCGAAAUUCUUAGCUGGGACCCACAAACUGGGAAGCAAUCGGGCAGUCCAUUUCUCGGUCAUAAGAAAUGGAUUACUGGAAUUUCUUGGGAACCUGUGCACUUGCAAGCUCCUUGUCGCAGAUUUGUUAGUUCUAGUAAGGAUGGUGAUGCACGUGUUUGGGAUAUCUCUUUAAGAAAAUGUGUGAUUUGUCUUUCCGGUCACACUUUGGCAGUUACUUGUGUCAAGUGGGGCGGCGAUGGGAUGAUAUAUACUGGUUCUCAGGAUUGUACAAUUAAAGUUUGGGAAACAACCCAGGGAAAAUUGAUCCGUGAACUAAAGGGACAUGGCCAUUGGGUUAAUUCGCUUGCUCUGAGUACUGAAUAUGUUCUCCGCACAGGAGCAUUUGAUCACACCAGAAAAGCAUAUUCAUCCCCUGCAGAAAUGAAAGAGGCAGCUCUUGCAAGAUACAACAAGAUGAAAGGCAAUGCUUCCGAGAGGCUGGUUUCAGGUUCUGAUGAUUUCACCAUGUUUCUAUGGGAGCCUGCAUCGAGUAAGCAUCCAAAAGCCCGCCUAACUGGUCAUCAACAGCUUGUAAAUCAUGUGUACUUUUCUCCAGAUGGACAGUGGUUGGCUAGUGCUUCCUUUGACAAAUCUGUCAAGCUAUGGAAUGGUAUUACUGGGAAAUUUAUUGCUUCCUUCCGUGGACACGUCGGCCCCGUGUACCAAAUCAGCUGGUCUGCCGACAGCAGACUUCUACUCAGCGGAAGCAAGGACUCGACAUUAAAGGUAUGGGAUAUUAGGACACACAAACUGAAACAAGACCUUCCAGGUCAUGCUGAUGAGGUGUUCUCGGUGGAUUGGAGCCCAGAUGGUGAAAAGGUUGCAUCUGGUGGGAAGGACAGGAUGCUGAAGUUGUGGAUGAAUUAGCCAGUGACAAGAUCCUUUUUGAUUGUAUUAUUAUUUUUUGCACUAUAUAUAUAUUUUGUUUUUUUUAUUUGGUCGUGAAUGAGUCAGGAUUUUUGUUAUUUAAUAUAUUCUUGUCAUUUUGUUUAUGCACUAGAGUGAUAUAAUCAAUAAGUUUGUAAACCAUGAAAGUCUGUUA